GCAGCCAGUCGUCUUAUUUAAUUCAUCAUGCAGCUUUGCUUUGCUUUGCUUUGCUCUCAUAAGAAACGCAUUCGUUAUCAAACCAGUCAACUUACUCAUGUUAAUCCUGUAUACCAUGUAUAUUGGAGAUACCGAUUAACGAUGAAAUGCGAUAGAUCAUGUACAUAGAAAACACUCAAGAAACCGGAUACCUCCUUUCAUCUCAUCUUUUCAUUCCGAACCUGUAAUAUUCAAUCUGACAUUCAACAUAUAACAUUGCUUUUGCUUUCCUUCUUCUCCAAUCUGUAGUGUGACUGGUCGUCCCUCUUCCCUCGUCCCACACGAAGGAAAUGUCCCACGCCAUCGCCUCCAAAAUAAAUGAAUAAUAAAAUGUUCUCGACCGGAAUUCAACCAGAUUCAACAUUCUAAACUUUCCCUUUCCUUGACUCGAUACAAAUACGUCAUAUAUAUAUUAAACCUUACACACUCCAUAUCUCAGUAUCCUUACACGGGUUACGGAGCUUCAUCGGAUUGAGUAACAGCUUCUAAUUCAAGCAGUUGUAAAAAGUUACAGAUUACAACUCACAACAGUACUGCUAUACUCUACACGUACACAAAGAUCUGCCUCAACUGCUAAGGUUUUGGAGCUGAAGCUUUCCUCUUCGUUUACGGAGGAUUUCGUCUAUUUCGCCACGAAUCAAAGCCCCUUAUCUAUCUAUCUAUCUAUCUAGGUAACCCGAUCUUACAAAUGCAUACAUAUUACAAUCGAAGCAAUCAAAACUCCUAUCGGACUUAUCGAGGUUUCCCCAACACCUACCGCCACGGUAGCUCUACCGAUAUUUAUCAACAAAUCAAAGCAACUUCAUCCAGAUUCAGCCCACACAAGAAGAUUAUUGGUGUUCCUAUCUAGAUUGUUGCUUGAGAUCAUGUACUUAUCCAGGAUUGGAGUUCCAUUGGUCUACACCAAAUACUGCAAUACUACCCGAAAACACUGCAAUAUGCCAAUAUCACCAAUUAUACAUAUCAGCAUCUCUAACCUUCAAUUUCUGUCGUCAGGCGGCGGGGAAGGGAAAGGAUCGAAUGUUUUCUGCGUCAAGAACUUUUCUGUUUGGAAUUCUUUGGACAGGUAUUCGGUAAAGAUCAUUCUAAAAACCCUCCAGUCUGGUAAUCAUAUAAAAUUUGAAGAACUACCUGGUAUGUCCACAUGUCGUGACCCAUAAAAUCAAUGCCAUGCGAUGCUGCGAUGCGAACAUAUGAAGCCUCCGAUGGAAACUCGCAUUGCGCAUUCAGCUACCACAGCCUGCAUAGUUUUACAGAAUGUUCGUCCUUCAUUCAGGUAAUUUUAGAUGCCUCAUUGCAUGUGCAGUACUCGUACAUUCAUUUUAUACGAUACUGUUGUGAUCCUGACGGGGAACAUUAAAGUGUAGGAAAGUACAAACAAAUGGGUACAGAAGCCAACUCAAGAUACGAAUAUGAGAAACACAGUCCAGGUGAUUCGUAGUUCGAUCCGACUUGAGCCGAAACUAUUCUAGGGGUCGGCAGCAUCUCAUGCUUCUCAUCGUCUGUCAAUAGUUGUGAAGACUGAACCCUAGUAAUAGAAACACUCUAUCUUGUGAUUUCAGAUCUCACCGAGGCCAUCUAGGAAAUCCCGAAUGGUAAGCAGCUGCAGCGGAAAAAUGGUAAAAUACGGAGUAGAUCAAUACGAAUCUUGGGGAAGUUUUGAUCACAUGGUGGUUAACCAUUUUAAGGCUAGCUAGCUUCCACGUGCUUCUCGGGAUUAAUUUGUUUAAGCGGCCGACUUUCAAUUCGCGUCGCAAGUCGCGACGUCAAGUUCACCAAUACCUUCAUUGAAGCACAAAUUCGAUUAAUUGAUUAUCGAAGAUCCCUUGAAAAUGGGUAGACGACCUGGUAGAGCUGCUGCUAAAAAUGCCGCUGCUGCAUUAAAAAAUACACCACAAACGUACGAUGAUCCCGAAGAUGAUUCCAUAGUUGAUGCACCGCCAUCUGACCCCGGUACCCCUCCCGAAAACGACGAAGAUGAAAAUGAAGAGGAGGAAGAAGCAAUCGAAUCAGAAGUCGAAGAGGAAGUUGCUCCAGCCACUCCCGCUCCAGAAACCACCAUUCGUAAGAAGCGUCUAGGUAGACCUCCCAAGAUCAAACCUCCAGGAUGGGAUUUAGAUGAUGGAACUACUUCCGAGGCACCUACACCAAGUCGAGGGAGGGGUAGAGGAAGAGGAUUUAGAGGUGGUGGGCGAGGGGCCAGACGGGGCGGUCCUAGUCAUGUUACACAACAACCAGUCGAUAAAGAGGGAAACAUGAUGGACGUUGUGAAUGAUGAAGUGGAAUUACCCGAGGAUGCGGAAGGAGAGAAAAAGGUUGAUAAGCUUGGUUAUCUACAAGAUGGUCGGGAAUAUCGUUGCAGGACAUUUACGGUUCAUGGGAGAGGGAAGAGACUUUAUAUGUUAUCCACCGAACCGGCACGUUGUGUAGGAUUCAGAGAUAGUUAUCUUUUCUUCGCGAAGCAUAAGCGGUUAUUUAAGAUUAUUAUUGAUGAAGAGGAGAAGAGGGACAUGAUCGAACGAGAACUUAUUCCACAUUCUUAUAAGGGAAGAGCUAUUGGAAUUGUUACGGCGAGAUCAGUCUUCCGCGAAUUCGGCGCUCAAAUUAUUGUUGGGGGCAAGAGAAUCACAGAUGAUUAUGAGGUUACGAAAGCAAGGGAAGAGGGAGUUGAAGAAGGUUCUUUGGCUGAUCCAAAUGAUGCAUUUAAGGAUGGAGAAGCAUAUAACAAGAAUCAAUACGUCGCAUGGCAUGGAGCAAGUUCAGUAUAUCAUUCUAGUCAGCCCACUGUCCCACAACAAACCGGAAAGAUGAUUGAUGGCAAGAAGAGAAAGAUUAUGGUUAAUGAUGUUAAUUGGAUGUUGGAACAUGCUCGAGAAGCUAGUCGAUUCAACUCCGCAAUCUCAGCAGCUCGUCGUCAAAACCUGAACGGUAUCUACGAUCCCCACACAAAUAUCAUGCAAUACCCACGAACCAUGCAACCUACUCAUGCCCGCUGGGAACAAAUAAACGACAACGAACCACAAUCCCCAUCUGCAGAAUCAUCAACACUCUUCCCACCAGUCAAACCAUACUUUUCUAGAAAUCUCAUGAUAGUAGAUACAUACAUGGAAUCUUCACCAUCAACACAUUACGGCGUUCCAGGUCCAGAUGGUACGGUUUGGGAUUUGAGCGCGGGAGGGAAAUCAACUGGAAGUGCAGGAGAUAAUUUAAUGGGUAUGGAUGGCUUGAGUGGAGUUAGUGAAGAUGUACUUGACGUUUUACCCAAAGACUGUAGGAGGGCUUUUGAGGAAGCUAGAGAGAGGGAAAGGGAAUGGAAGGGAAAAUGGGGAUCGGAAGUUGUAGAUGGAGGAAGAAGAAGUGUUAAAGUUGACAAAGGAUUAAUUUUGUGAGUUAAGCAUGCGAACGAGCAAGCAAGGAAGCAAGCAAGCAAAACUUAGCAAGAAUGGAAAGUGGAGAAAUGUUAUUAAUGGAGUUUGUGAAAUGAAAUCAUGGAGUUGGGUCGGCUGAUUUUUUUAUUCUUAGUUUCUAGUCUACGAAGUACGAGUAAUGGAUCUUGAUGGCGUUUGGAGGGAGGAUAGAUGGAUGGAUGGUUGCAUGUAUGCGUGGAUGAAUGUGCUGGGAGGAAAAGGGGAUGCAUGGAAGGAAAGGGAUGUUUAAUUACCUAUCUAACUAUCUAACUUGGUAAUGAGAACUAUGUUUU